AUGGCUGCUGUGUGUCGGAGUGUGAAGGGCCUGGUUGCGGUGAUAACCGGCGGAGCCUCGGGUCUAGGCCUAGCCACAGCGAAGCGACUGGUGGAGCAGGGGGCCUCUGCUGUGCUUUUGGACCUUCCAAACUCGGAUGGGGAGGCCCAGGCCAAGAAAUUAGGAAAGAGCUGCGCCUUCGCCCCUGUAGAUGUGACCUCAGAGAAGGACGUGCAAGCAGCCCUGACUAUAACCAAAGAAAAGUUUGGCCGAGUGGAUGUCGCAGUCAACUGUGCUGGCAUUGCAGUGGCCAUCAAAACCUACAACUUAAAGAGGAGCCAGGCCCAUAACUUGGAGGACUUCCAGCGAGUUCUUAAUGUAAAUCUCAUAGGUACCUUCAAUGUGAUCCGCCUUGUAGCUGGAGAGAUGGGCCAGAAUGAACCAGAUCAGGGAGGCCAACGAGGAGUCAUCAUCAACACUGCCAGUGUGGCUGCCUUUGAGGGCCAGGUUGGACAGGCUGCAUACUCUGCUUCCAAAGGGGGCAUAGUAGGCAUGACACUGCCCAUUGCCCGGGAUCUGGCUCCCAUAGGCAUCCGGGUAAUGACCAUUGCUCCAGGCCUGUUUGGCACUCCACUGCUGACCAGCCUCCCAGACAAGGUGCGCAACUUCUUGGCCAGCCAGGUGCCUUUCCCCAGCCGACUGGGUGACCCUGCUGAGUAUGCUCAUCUGGUACAGGCCAUAAUUGAGAACUCAUUCCUCAAUGGAGAGGUCAUCCGGCUAGAUGGUGCAAUCCGCAUGCAACCUUGAAAGGAGAUGGCAGAGAGAAUGCAUCCCCCUCUGCCAUUCUUUUAAGGUACUAGACUCCAGCUUGAAAGGAAUCCUAGUAACCACUUUACCCACCAGUCACCCUCUGUGCCUAAUAAAGUCUGUAUUUCUCACA